CAUCCCUGUUUGACGUAGUUUGCCAUUCUUCGCGUUUGUGAUGCAGAAACAGCAGUGAGCAGCAGCAGCAUCCACACCGAUCGCAGGUGCAUUCAUCUCCAGCACUGUCUCCUCUCUGCUGGGUAGGAUGACACGAUGGCUCGCAGGAGAGAUGAUGAUGAUGAAGAUGACGGACACAAGCUGAUAGAGGAGGAUGAUGAUGCGCAUCCCAUCAUGAACAGUGAGGAUGAAGAUGCACUGUCUCUGGACGAGAUUUUACAUCUAUACAAGCAGCCCAUCAACGAGGAGCAGGCGUGGGCUGUGUGUUACCAGUGCUGUCGCUCUUUUUUGGAGGACAAGGACGGUUCCAGAGGCUCUGCUGGUGCCGGAGGACCGGGAGAUGUGAGGAUUUAUAAAGACGGAGCGGUGCGGUUACAUUCUGGAGACCGAUCAGGUGUGCGUAAUCCCAUCCGAUCAUCAACACAGCUGAUCGAGUCUCUGGGCAUCAUGAUCUAUAAGGCUCUGGAUUACGGCCUGAAAGAGAACGAGGAGCGAGAGCUGAGCCCGCCGCUCGAGCAGCUCAUCGACCUCAUGACCAAUGUGGGCGACACAGAGAGCGACUCCUGCCCCGAUGAAGGCUACGCCGCCACUGAGGAAGAGGAGGAUGACCAGGAGGGGAAUCCCACCCACCCCUGCCGUAUCCGUGGAUUCCGUGACAUCAUCAAGCUGUGCACCCUUCACCUGGCCACCCCAGCGGAUGCGCCCAAUCACUACCAGGCCGUGUGUCGAGCUCUUUACGCCGAAACCAAAGAGCUCCGCACCUUCCUGGAGAAGAUCAAGAGUGCAAAAGAGAACCUGCGUAAGAUGGAGGGAGACACCGUUGACGAACCUGGCAGGGAGCUAAACGAGCUGCAGAAUGCUGAUUGGACGUGGCUCUGGGUGCAGUUGAUGCGAGAUCUGAGGAACGGUGUGAAGUUGCAGAAGGUGCAGGAACGGCAGUAUAACCCGCUGCCAAUCGAGUUCCAGCUCACGCCGUACGAGAUGCUCAUGGAUGACAUCCGCUCCAAACGCUACAAGCUACGCAAGGUCAUGGUGAAUGGAGAUAUUCCACCCAAGUUAAAGAAGAGCGCUCAUGAGGUCAUACUUGACUUUAUCAGGUCCAGACCCCCCCUCAACCCUGUGGCAGCACGAAAGCUCAAGCCGCAGGCCGAACGUCCUCCCAGUCUGCAUGAGCGUAUUCUGGAGGAGAUCAAAUCAGAGAGGAAACUGAGGCCCGUGUCACCCGAUCAGAUCCGUAGAAGUAGAUUUGCCAUUCGGCCUCUUAGCAUGUCUCAGAGUUUUGAUUCAUCAGAUGUGUCAUCCUCUGAUGGGGCGCGGAAGGCCUCCAGCACGCUGUCGUUGGCCAAUGGAGUGUCGCUUCAGCAGAAAGGUUCUGGCGGGUUUCAGAGGAAAAGGCUUAAAGCACCGACACUGGCUGAACUGGACAGCUCCGAUUCAGACGAUGAGACCGUAGGUCAAAGGUCGGCCAGCUGCUCCAGCAUCUCUACAUCCAUGGUGGAUGACACAUCACCAGAAUCUGUCCUGGGCAAGAAAACUCCACCCAUGUUCCUGCCCAUCUCGUCCACACCACAGCCGGAGCGCCGCCAGCCCACCCAGCGCCGUCACUCUAUCGAGAAGGAAACGCCCACUAGUGUGCGCCAGUUCCUGCCUCCCUCCAGGCACAGUUCAAAAUCCUUAGAGGAGUUUUGUUUCCCGGUGGAGUGUCUGGCUCUGACGGUGGAGGAAGUGAUGCACAUUCGGCAGGUUUUGGUCAAAGCUGAACUGGAGAAGUUUCAGCAGUACAAAGACGUCUACAAUGCCCUGAAGAAGGGGAAGCUGUGCUUCUGCUGCCGAACGAAACGAUUUUCCUUCUUUACCUGGUCCUACACCUGUCAGUUUUGUAAAAGGCCUGUGUGUUCACAAUGCUGUAAAAAAAUGCGGCUGCCAUCGAAGCCAUACGCUAGCCUACCCAUUUACUCUCUGGGUCCAUCCACGUCCACGCUGAAACGGGACAAGGCCGCCCACAAGCCAGAGAAGCCCAGCACGAGCCACCAUCGACCCAGCCUUCAGCGCACAAUGUCCAGAUUAUCUAAGAACACUCGGCAGUCGUCCUCAUCUCAGGAGGAAAUUGAGCUCCCGAAAGAGCUGAUGGAAGACUGGAACGCCAUGGAGGUUUGCGUCGACUGCAAGAAGUUCAUCUCCGACAUUAUCGCCUCCAGCAAGCACAGCCUCUCUCUAGCCAACAAGCGUGCCCGCUUGAAACGCAAGACUCAGUCCUUCAUCAUGGCAUCUGAGAAGGGCGCAGAAUACGUGCCGUCGGAGAGAACCAUCAAGGAGGUUUAGACGCGGAUCACGCCGUAUGUCAUCCUGUUGUAGUUGUAUAGAUUAGAACCGGUCAAGCCGUGUUGUACAGAGCCAAUAAACUCGUAUGGAUGUGUAGAAGUUCUUCCACACAUGGGCCAUUUUCUAUUCUAUGCUAUAAUUAAUGAACUUUAUGACUCAUUAGGGCCUUUUCAGUCUUGAAAUAUUUAACCCUGGGUCACAAUCCUGGGUUAUCUUAUUUUGCGUUUCAAGUUGAGCUCCUGUUUAGGCUAGUAUUGUAUGGUGAAUUUUGUGGGCGAAAUCCAGACAUUUCAAUAGGAAUCAACGCGAUUGUAUGAAAGCCCAUUUCCACUAAAAAGUCAUUCUUUGGUAAAUCAUAAUUAUGACAAAAAGUCAUAAUUAUCAGAUUAAAAAGUCAAAAUUAUGACAUAAGAUAAAAACUUAACAUUAUGAUGUCAAAAAUAUGGCAUAAAAAGUACAAAUUGUGGCAUACUAAAUUGAAAUUCACAGUCAUUAUGACAUACUAAGUCAAAAUUAUGACAUACUAAAUCGAAAUAAUGACAUUCAAAGUCAUAAUUAUGACAUACUAAGUUAAAAUUAUGACAAAAAAGGUCAAAAUAAUGGCAUAAAAAAUAAUUAUGACAUAGAAAGCAAUGGCUGUUUCACUACUAAUUUCAAAGUUCUGUGUGACUGCCACAAGGGGGCGAAAUGCAACAACCAUAUGCGAUUGUCAGAGAUAGUGGAAAGGCGGCUUAUCACCGCAUUUUUCACACUUCAAGAUUUUGGACAAUGCCGCUUUAAGGCAAGCCUCCAAGCAUAAUGCAAAACGUAACUCUGCGGUACGCAGGGAAGGAGACCAGAGGCCGUUUUUUUUAAUGGAUGUCAAUGGAGGAGAGGCUUCACUGCUUUUGUGGGAAAACGGCUUAUCAUUUAAUGAUUCAACAGCCUGAUUGAAUCAUUAAAUUUUGGAUUGUUCUAUUUUUAGACUUACACCGCUGUUUUAAAAGAGCAGUCAGACAAUAUUGGGACAGGUAGGGUUCAGUUCAAUGACAACAAGGCUGUAAUGUGGUUGAUUAUCAAGGCACAUGUGAUCCAAGUUGGCCGUUGCGCUUUCUCCAGUGGUAGUGCCACGGACCCUGGUAUCUCCUAAUAAUAAGAGCAUGGGGCAGGGAGGGACCAGUGCGAGUUAGAGGAAGUGUAGUCUCAGCCUGAGACAUCACGCCCAAGGACCGUUGGCUGAAAGUCUGAUGCAUAUGGCACACUUAACUGGAAACAUUUUCAAAGUCGUCAUCUGGUUGGUUGAAUUCUACAGGAUGUCCGGGAGGCAUGUGUGUCUCGUUCUUUAACGGUCCGCCCGGAAACAAAUGCCGUGACGGCAAGCCCCCUCACGGAAGAAGAACGUUACAUGAUUGCGUUACAUGUCAGGCAAAUGUCCUCUUGGGCGGUCCUUGGCCAAUGAAAGCUGCGAUAGAGUCCAGAACUUCUGCCGUCAGUCUGAAGGUCUGGCUACAUGAGACUAGAGGAAGUGGGGCCUCCUCGGUCAGUCCGUUCAUGAUCGCCUUCAAGGGCCCUCUAAAGGGCAGGGCCUGGUGUGGUCACACUAGUUGCACAGCCCUGAAUAAGACCAUUUUUGAUUUGCCACUGCAUUGCAGGGCUAACAACGAAAAAGCAGUGCUAAAGAGCAGGGUUUCAUAACCCUGGGUGUUAAACGUUCCCUUACCCGGGGUUAAAAGCAGGGUUUAGAAUGGUGAUAACAUGGGAAUAAAGGUCCAGUGUGUAAUAUUUAGGAGGAUGUAUUGACAGAAAUGCAAUAUAAUAUACAUAACUAUGUUUUCAGUGGUGUAUAAAGACCUUACAUAAUGAACCAUUAUGUUUUUAUUACCUUAGAAUAAGCCAUUGCUAUCUACAUACACCGCGGGUCCCCUUACAUUGAAGUCGCCAUUUUGCGCCGCCAUGUUUCUACAGAGCCCUAAAUGGACAAACUGCUCAUUGCUCUCUGCUGUCUCAGACGAUGACAUCUUUGUCCUGUGUCGGCCACCAAAGCUUCUCUGUGCUUCGAAAGGGAGGGGUGAGCGGUGGACUGAGCCGCAAUUCGCAACCUCACCACUAGAUGCCGCUAAAAUUUACACACUGCACCUUUAAAUAUGAAAGCCCAUUUCCAUCACAUAAAAAAGUCACAAUUAUGACAUACUACUAAGGUGUAAUUAUGACAUAAAAAGUCAAAAUUAUUUCGACUUUUUAUCUCAUAAUUAUGACUAUGUCUUAAUUAAGAUCUACCAAUGCAUGAUUUCCAUAUAUUUUCCUAGUUAUAAAUUGGAAAUGAAUGAACUCUCAAGUCGUGUACCCAAGUUUCCGAGUUGGGCGUGCCAUAAACUGUAAACAUGGUGGGGGGAAACAAUGAUUUCUGAUGUGACUACUAUUUUUUUAUUAGUUGUUUCCACAACAACUACAUCACUUUGUUUUGUCAUUAAAGUAGUGCAUACUUGCAAAUGUAAAUAAUGAUUUGAAGCUUAUAGUAUGUUUUAUACACAGUGAAAAUAGCCUGUAUUUGACCAAAAUUCCAGAAUCGUCAGCAUGCUGACUAUCUAGAUAGCCCGGUUAAUGUUUAUAUGGUUGUCAAUGAAUGGGACGCUAAAUAUCAUUUUGCCGUUAAUAAGAUUUUCUCUAUAAAUAGGCAAGAAUAAACCUGGUGUCCUCUGUGAUUCCUCUUUCCGGCUUGAAUGCGAUUUUCACAAGUCGUUGUACGUCCGUAAUGUGAUGUUAGGGCUGAACUAUACACUGAAUAAUCACUACUUUCACAAUCUCUCAAUGUCUCAUGACUUGCAACCAGGGUAUUCAACAAGAAAAAUGCAGGACUGGGACGAGAAAAGUGGGCAUUGCAUAUUGAUCUAAAUAAGACCAGAAGCAUGCAUUAAGAAAGUAAUAAGAGUCCAUUUUGAGUUCAUGUUGACUUUAAAUGUAUAAAGGUUUACAAUUUAUUAUGUGUGUCUCGUUUAUGGACAUUUAAACCAAUAAGCACAAAUACGUCACUCAACACAGAAGCUGAAAAUCAAUUGGGAUUCUGUUAGAAACACCAUGAGAUCGUUUUUUUUAUUCGUGACUUUUGUAUAUGUUGGCGGUGUGUAUAUAGUUGUACAGCUCAUGAUAUUCAUAUCUCUGUGAUUUGACUGUAAAUUAUGCGUAUGUUGAUUGACUUUAAUAAUUCAAGGUACCCCUGCAAGCCGUAUGCGCCGUUUUAUUUAUUGACAGGCAUGAUGAGGUCAGUCCAGGUUUAUAAACAUUAAGAGUUGGAUUUAUUUUUAGUACAUAAUUUAUGCUUUAUAUGUCAGGUAAUAUUCUGGGAUGUACAACUUUUAAUCAUGUCAGUCAGAGAUUUUUUGAUUAUUUUGUGGUGGUGAUGAUGAUGAUGGUACCAAAAUCUCAUUCAGGAACUGUAAUUAUUUCAGUAGAUCUUCCCAAGCAUUUGGACAAUGAAGUAUUGUGUCGUUUCAUAUGAUCUGGGUCAAAGGUCAAUGCAAUCUCGACUCAUUCCCCAUUUAAAUCUGAUCUGUCAAUCACACGUUUUGGGGUCAAACAUUAAUUUACAGUCAGUUUCUUUUUGAGAACUAUUUGCGAAGGCAUCAUCUGUAAAAGAGCUAUUUUAUCUCGUUUUUUAUUAUCUGGGGAUUGUAUUUUUAUGUUUGGACCAGCUGAUACGUUGGAUCUCACUUUUUUGAUAGUUUAUUUCUUGCAUUGUUGUGGAAUGUUUUAUAAUAUUCAUUUGAUGUUUUCAGUACUUAUAAUUUUUCUAGUUGUUUCUGUCCUCUUUGUUUUUAUUCUUCUGAUAAUGUAACAAUCAGUGUUUAAUUUUAUAGAAAAAUCUCAUUUGUAGCUGGUGAAUCACUGAAGCCAGAUCUUGUUGCCUUUUUCCUUCAAUAAUCCAGUAUGAAAUGAAGAGAGACUGAUAUCAAUGUGCAUGAGUGCUGCUGAGACACCAUUGUGAGGAUGUUUGUUUUAUUCAUUAGCUGUGAGGAAAUCUGUUUUAUUCAUUUGCUCUGAAGUGUCUCUUGAUUCCUUCUUUAAAGCAAUUCAUUUGCCUUAUAAACACUGCCUUUUUAAGCAUUGCAAUAUCAAGUCAAUUUAAUAUACAGUCCCAAAUCAUGUGUCUGUUUACAGUAAAACUGCUCAUGCAUUUUAACAUCUGCACAGAUGCUGUAGAUUUUUAAACUGCUGACUCACGUUGGAGUAUCAUAAGACUCAUCAUUGAGGUAAUAAAAACUAAAACAACAUGUAAAUAAAAAAGCAGAUGCAAUGUGCGUGCAUGAGAAACAGUCCACAUGGUACUUUGAUCUAUGACUGUCAUUUUUUCAUUUUUCUCAGCCAGUGAUGAUCAACAGAAUAAAAAAAAAAAAAAACAAUAAUAA